AGCAGCCGGCCCAGCGCCGCUCUCAGCCGAGCCGAGCCCCGGACGGGUCACCGCCGCCGGGCAGCGCCGUUCCCGGGAGCCGGCGGCGCCGAGCGGGUGCAAAAUGACUGCUCAAGUAACACUGGAGGAUGCCUUAUCCAAUGUGGAUCUCUUGGAAGAAUUACCAUUGCCAGAUCAGCAACCGUGUAUUGAACCUCCACCAUCAUCUCUGCUUUACCAGCCAAACUUCAACACUAACUUUGAGGACAGAAAUGCAUUUGUCACUGGCAUUGCGAGAUACAUUGAGCAAGCCACAGUCCACUCUAGUAUGAAUGAAAUGUUAGAAGAGGGCCAGGAAUAUGCUGUCAUGUUAUAUACAUGGAGGAGCUGCUCAAGAGCCAUUCCCCAGGUUAAGUGCAACGAGCAGCCUAACAGAGUAGAAAUUUAUGAGAAAACUGUGGAAGUGCUGGAGCCAGAAGUCACAAAACUGAUGAAUUUUAUGUAUUUCCAGAGAAAUGCAAUUGAACGGUUUUGUGGGGAGGUGAGACGCUUGUGCCAUGCAGAGAGGAGAAAAGACUUUGUCUCUGAAGCGUAUCUGAUCACACUGGGCAAAUUUAUCAACAUGUUUGCAGUACUGGAUGAGCUGAAAAAUAUGAAGUGCAGUGUGAAAAAUGACCAUUCAGCCUACAAGAGAGCUGCUCAGUUUCUACGGAAAAUGGCAGAUCCUCAAUCCAUUCAAGAGUCCCAGAAUCUUUCCAUGUUCCUUGCAAACCACAACAAGAUAACACAAUCGUUACAGCAGCAGUUGGAAGUGAUUGUUGGCUAUGAAGAACUGCUUGCAGAUAUUGUGAAUUUGUGUGUGGACUACUAUGAAAACAAAAUGUAUCUAACCCCCAGCGAGAAACACAUGCUGUUGAAAGUUAUGGGCUUUGGAUUGUACCUGAUGGAUGGAAGUGUCAGUAACAUCUACAAGCUGGAUGCAAAAAAGAGGAUAAAUUUAGCCAAGAUUGACAAAUUCUUCAAGCAGCUGCAGGUUGUCCCGCUCUUUGGUGAUAUGCAGAUUGAACUUGCAAGAUACAUCAAGACAAGUGCUCAUUAUGAGGAAAACAAAUCCAGAUGGACGUGCACGUCUUCCAGCAGCAGUCCCCAGUACAAUAUAUGUGAGCAGAUGAUCCAAAUCAGAGAAGACCAUAUGCGUUUCAUAUCAGAACUGGCUCGCUACAGCAACAGUGAGGUGGUGACUGGUUCUGGCCGACAGGAAGCUCAAAAAACAGAUGCAGAGUAUCGGAAGCUCUUUGAUCUUUCUCUCCAAGGCUUGCAGCUUCUCUCUCAGUGGAGUGCACAUGUCAUGGAAGUGUACUCAUGGAAGCUGGUACACCCAACUGACAAAUACUCUAAUAAAGAUUGUCCUGACAAUGCAGAAGAGUAUGAAAGAGCAACAAGAUACAAUUAUACUAGUGAGGAGAAGUUUGCUUUGGUUGAGGUGAUUGCCAUGAUCAAAGGUCUUCAGGUGCUGAUGGGAAGGAUGGAAAGUGUUUUCAAUCAUGCCAUUCGCCAUACCAUUUAUGCAGCUCUUCAGGACUUUGCCCAGGUCACGCUUAGAGAGCCAUUAAGACAAGCGAUUAAAAAAAAGAAAAAUGUCAUUCAGAGUGUUUUGCAGGCCAUCAGAAAGACAGUCUGUGACUGGGAAGCAGGUCAUGAACCGUUCAAUGACCCAGCUCUAAGAGGAGAAAAAGACCCCAAAAGUGGCUUUGAUAUCAAAGUCCCAAGGCGUGCGGUGGGUCCCUCCAGUACUCAGCUUUACAUGGUGAGAACUAUGUUAGAGUCCCUCAUUGCUGACAAAAGUGGUUCCAAGAAAACCUUGAGAAGUAGCCUUGAGGGACCCACCAUAUUGGACAUAGAAAAAUUCCAUCGCGAGUCUUUCUUCUACACUCAUUUGAUAAAUUUCAGUGAAACCCUGCAGCAGUGCUGUGAUCUGUCCCAGCUGUGGUUCAGGGAAUUCUUCUUAGAGCUGACCAUGGGAAGAAGAAUCCAGUUUCCCAUUGAGAUGUCAAUGCCUUGGAUUCUGACAGACCAUAUUUUGGAGACCAAAGAGGCGUCAAUGAUGGAGUAUGUUCUGUAUUCUUUGGACCUUUAUAAUGACAGUGCUCAUUAUGCGCUUACUAAAUUUAAGAAGCAGUUCCUCUAUGAUGAGAUUGAGGCAGAGGUAAACCUGUGUUUUGACCAAUUUGUCUACAAGCUGGCAGACCAAAUAUUUGCAUACUACAAGGCAAUGGCUGGCAGCCUGCUUUUGGAUAAACGUUUGCGUUCAGAAUGUAAGAAUCAGGGAGCAACCAUUCAGUUGCUGCAGUCCAACCGCUAUGAGACGCUGCUGAAGCAAAGACACGUCCAGCUUCUUGGUAGGUCAAUAGACCUGAACCGAUUGAUCACUCAGCGAAUUUCAGCAGCUAUGUACAGAUCAAUGGAGCUGGCAAUUGGUCGAUUUGAAAGUGAGGAUUUGACUUCCAUUGUGGAGCUGGAUGGCUUGAUAGAAAUAAACAAAAUGACUCACAAACUUCUGAGCAGAUACAUGACCUUGGACAGCUUCGAUGCCAUGUUCAGGGAAGCCAAUCACAAUGUGUCAGCCCCUUACGGACGAAUCACUCUUCAUGUAUUUUGGGAACUCAAUUACGAUUUCCUUCCAAACUACUGCUACAAUGGAUCCACUAACAGAUUUGUUCGGACUGUGCUACCAUUUUCUCAGGAGUUCCAGAGAGAUAAGCAGCCCAAUGCUCAGCCCCAGUAUCUCUACGGAUCAAAGGCAUUGAAUCUGGCAUAUUCAAGCAUCUACAGCAACUAUAGGAAUUUUGUUGGCCCCCCUCACUUUAAAGUCAUCUGUAGGCUUCUUGGCUAUCAGGGGAUUGCUGUGGUGAUGGAGGAACUGCUGAAAGUCGUCAAGAGCCUGUUACAAGGGACAAUUCUUCAGUAUGUCAAGACCCUGAUGGAGGUGAUGCCUAAGAUCUGUAGGUUGCCAAGACACGAGUAUGGUUCUCCAGGUAUCUUGGAGUUUUUCCAUCAUCAGCUGAAGGACAUAGUUGAAUACGCAGAGCUGAAGACUGUCUGUUUCCAGAAUUUGCGGGAAGUGGGAAAUGCUGUCCUGUUUUGCCUGCUUAUUGAGCAGAGCCUGUCCCUAGAGGAAGUGUGUGACCUGUUGCAUGCGGCACCGUUCCAAAACAUCCUGCCGAGAGUUCAUGUCAAAGAGGGUGAAAGGCUUGAUGCUAAAAUGAAGAGACUUGAAUCAAAAUAUGCUCCGUUACACUUGGUCCCUCUCAUUGAAAGACUGGGAACACCACAGCAAAUAGCAAUCGCAAGGGAAGGCGACUUGCUGACCAAGGAACGCCUCUGCUGCGGCCUGUCCAUGUUUGAGGUUAUCUUGACGAGGAUCCGAUCCUUCCUGGACGAUCCCAUCUGGCGUGGGCCCCUACCCAGCAAUGGUGUGAUGCACGUGGACGAGUGUGUAGAAUUCCACCGCCUCUGGAGCGCGAUGCAGUUCGUCUACUGCAUCCCCGUGGGAACGCACGAGUUCACUGUGGAGCAGUGCUUUGGAGAUGGCCUGCACUGGGCUGGCUGCAUGAUCAUUGUGCUCUUGGGACAGCAGCGUCGCUUUGACGUGUUGGAUUUCUGCUACCACCUGCUGAAAGUCCAAAAGCACGAUGGCAAAGAUGAGGUUAUAAAGAAUGUGCCUUUGAAGAAAAUGGUUGAAAGAAUUCGCAAGUUCCAGAUUCUGAAUGAUGAAAUAAUUGCUAUUUUGGACAAGUAUCUGAAGUCUGGAGAUGGAGAGAGCACACCCGUGGAACACGUGCGCUGCUUCCAGCCGCCCAUUCACCAGUCCCUUGCCAGCAACUAGAUUUCCUCCCUAAUGAUACUUUUUGCACCUGGUUAGGCUAAAAGUAUGGGAAAGGAGAAAAACAAAAUGCCAGCAGGUUGAAGAAAUCCUUUUAUCUGCCCUUUUCAGUCCUCCUGUGCCAUCUGAGUGAUGCACUGUCCUCUUCACUCUCCAAGCACAGUAACUGUAUACAAUCCAUACUUAUUUUUCUAGACUAAAAUUUUAUAUACUUUGAUUAAAAGCCUGCAGCUGUAGAGGGUUUGUUCUUGCAACCUCUUUGCAUUCCUUUUCUGAGGUGGCCAUCUCAGACCGGAUCAGAAUAAACAUUCCCCCAAGCUAUCAAAAUAACAGCUGCGGAGGCUAAGAAACUGGGCUCUGUAGAAAGAUUUAGAAACCAAUGCCUAAUUGUAUUAGAGCAUUAAUUGCUUGAUUAGCCUUUAUUAAAAAAAAAAACAAAAAAACAAUGAAUUCUGCAGCUGCUUUGUGAAUAACUGAUUUUUUCAGUCGACUGUUCUUUCUCUACACAAAAGUAUUCUGUGAUCAUUAAUUGUGGAAAUGAAGGCUGGCUCAGGGGGACUGCUCUACAGUUACUUAAGAUGGAGGUGGCUGAUAGUACUUCUGGUAUUUCUAAGUGGCAGAACUUUAACUGAUUAGAAUGGAAUCUCUGUUUUUUCCUCGUAAGAGCUUCUUUCCCAGCUUGUAUUUUGGUUGGAGAUAGAAACAUGUUUACAAGUGAUAAGGAGUUCUUGUUUCUCCUUGAGGAAGGAGAAAAAAAUGAGCUAAAAUUCCUCACAAAACAGAAGAUAGAGAUUUGCCAGGCAGUCUGCAAGUAAAUUUACUUUGAUGCAGGUUUUCCCAGACUGUCAGUGCUUGAGAGCCACUGUUCUGGCAAGCAGACACACAUGGCUGCCAUGGUGUGUGGGAGAUGCUUGUCCUUGAUUCAAGCAUUUCUUCUACUAGAUAAAGAAAUGUUUCUUAAAGACAACCGUUAUUUCCUCACAGUGGAGUGCCAGGAAGCCUUCUAGUCAGUCACACAUUCCCCUCUGCUUCAGGCUUCAAUUAAGGAAUUGAAGAAAUGCUUAAUUUCCUGAGAUCAUUAGUGGUUUAGAGCCAAGUCUCACAUACCCGAGGCUUCAUCUUGGCCCUGUGCUACAUAAGCAGUUAAGUAAUAGAGCUUGGUUUUUGGCUUAAGAACUCCGUAAAAAUAAUUAUUUAUGGUGUAAUUAAAGUAAAUUAUAAUUCUCACUGGUUAACUAGCAGCAUUAGGUGGACUGAUCUCUAACAUGUUAGAAAUAGUAGCAUUAGUGUGGAUUUAGGAUGACAUUUUCCCUUCGAUGAAUAUGUUUUCAGACAUUACUUCUCUGUUAGUUUCACACUUUCAAAGGUGGCUUAUUAUUUCGUCAACCAGAUUUAAGUGUUUAAAAAAAAAAAUCCACCACCUUCUGCACUUAGUAUAAUUGCUCGCCUUAAAGGGGAAAAAGAAAGCACACAAAAGGCAUAACUGUCUUAUUUUAAAUUAUCUAACACCAGGGAUCUGGAAUCCAAAGCAUCUAUUACAGUAUAAAGUAAAAUGUUACAUGAAAUUUUAGCCUGAGUCAGGCUGGUGUUUUGGUACUAGAAGUGGCAGUCAGCAGUCUGGUGCUACUGCUGCACAACCUGCAGUUUUUAGGGUCUUUGGAGGGAGCUGUGCUCUGUACCUGAACAGUAGAGAUGUGAUGCUUCUUAAAACCAGACAGAAAUUCAAAUCCUGUUCUUCACUCAGAAUUUCAAGGACCUUUUUUCUUGUUUGACAUCCUGGUGUCUCUUCCACAUACGAAAAGGAAGGCAGCAGAGUCAGUUUCACAGGUGGUAGGUGCUUGAUUUCUGUCCUGGUAAUAAACUGUACUCUUCAACAUUAAGCACUGAAACUGACAAAAUGAGAACAGUAAACAGUUGGCUCUAGCCUUCCCCAUCUAUAGGAGGAAUGUUGUUAUAAAACUACAUCACUAAUACUUAUUUUCUGCCUUUGUGAACUUGCUUAAAAAAAAUUUACCACCAGAACACUGUUUAAGCAGUGACAUUUUGGAUUUGUUUUUUUUCUAAUCCACUUCCUGAAGUACUGACAGAGGCAGCAACUGCAUUACUGCAAGCAGAACUACAGUUCUGUGAUUAGGGUUGGUUUGUUGAUGUAAAUCCUCCAGGUCUAACAAAGCUUUAGGUAAGUAGGACUUUCAAAGGAUUACUGCUGCUUGGUUAUAGCUUUCUUCUGCCAAAGGCUGGGACAGCUCCCACUGUGAUAAGAUGUUACAGCCAUUCAGCAGUCAUUUGGGGCACAAUAAGUACAAAGGAUUCAGGCCCACUGCAAUCCGUUUACCACCAAUGCAGAAAUAAAGCCAUUUAUUUUGGAUAAAAUUGUCAUUAGUGCAAUACAUCUUGAAACGGAAGAGGGAAAGUAUUUACAUAACUUAAGCAACAACACCAGCUGUGGUCUGAGGUCAUUUUAGUAUUUUUGUAAAGUAAAAAUAAGGCAAAUUAAAACCCCCUUCAGUGUUUGUGAUCCAAACUAACCGAACUUAAAGAUUGUCUACCCACACUGUUAAGAAGUACAUGAGGUUCCAGACAAGCUCAGACAUUUCACAGCAGGAAAAAGAAAUAAAUCCAGAGUUACAGAAUUGUUCUUCUCUUAUUUAACAAGUAGGUGUUUUCAGAAGGCUGACAGACUUCCAUUUCUCCUGGCUGAGAGACUCUCUGUGGAUUGUAUUUCACUUAGGCAGGUAGAACUUUCUUCAUCGUGAUUAAAGCAGUCAUACGUGCUCAGCAAAGACCCAUUUGCUGCUCUGUCAUCUUUCCGCAAGGAAACGGGCAAAUUUGCUAGGGUGAAGUUAACAUCUUUGAAGGCAUGCAAUAAAAAGAUCCCCACGAUGAUAGUAAGGAAGCCACUGAAGGUGCCAGUAAUAUCAUCAGCCGCCAUGUGCUGCCAUUCCUUGAACAGGAUAGCAGAACAAGUUAAAACGGACGUCGUAAAGAUUACGUAGUAGAUUGGAGUCACUAUUGAAGUGUUGAAUAUAUCCAGAGCCCUGUUCAAGUAGUUGAUCUGCGUGCUCACACAGACGGUAAGGCUUAGCAGCAGAAUCCAAGACAAGGGACGUUUCAGCACUGGCUUUCCUGCAAAAAGUUCCUUGAUAGCAAUGCCCAGGCCUUUUACACAGGAGACUGAUAAUGCUCCGAUCACAGAGCAAAUUGUGAUGUACACAAGGAUGUUGGUCUGUCCAUGGCGAGGCCCCACCACGACUAUUAGAAUUAAAGACACAAUGACAACAACUGUUGCAAAGACCACAAAACCUGUGUGUGGGGAGAAAAGGCAUCUUGUUAUUUAUGUAUUCUAUCAAACACCUUAAGGGUAACAAGAAAAAGCACACUAAUAAGGCGACUGACUCAGCUUGAAUAGAAAAGACAGCAAGUUUCUCGUUACUCCACCAACACUGAAGUUAAAAUGAUUUUAGUGUGACCUUGCUAAAAUAAUGAAACUUGGGCACAUUACAUUUACCACUCUGUCAGCCUGAAGACUCUCUAUGGAAUCACACUGCAGAACCUAAAUCUCUACUCCGCUGUGACAACAUGAAGCAGACACAGGACACCUUUGUGGUAUCUGAGGGUGGUAAUAAAACUCUCUGCUUAGAGAGGAGUAAGUACACAUCUUUCUGUAUUAACUACUUAGAAAUCAAGCCAGCAUUUUUCUUACCUGGAUCACGGAGUUUGUUGGACAUUUCAUCUAAAGUUUCUACUUCUUCCUCUUGUGGAGCAUGAAUUACCAUCACGGUUGAUCCAAGUAUACUUAGCAAACACCCUAUUUUUCCAUGUAGAUUAAGUUUUUCAUUUAAAAAGAAGGAUGACAAAAUGGCACUAGAAAGAAGAAAAAAUGAACAAAACAUGCAAUCAGUAAUAUUUAUUUGCUCACCGACUUACAGCUUGAUUUGACCAUACAUGCCAGUUACAUACAUGAUGUGCACUUUUUGGUGAGCAGGAACACCUCUAAUAGCCAUAAAUUACUUACAGCAAUUCCACUGGUUAAGCUUUUAUUCAAAAUAGAAAAUCAACUAUGUCACUAUCAGGAUACUUGCUGCAGGCAGAACUAACUUGUAGGAUUUUGCAGCACCUUUUUAUGCUGCCUCCCCUGAACUCUGUGUUGAGGCACUUGUAAAAAUCAUUUUUAAAAAGACAAAAAUCUUGAAAAUA